AUGGUUAGCGUAAAAAGAAGAAAGCGUCGUGUUAUUAACAUUUCUCGGAAAUUCCAAGCAGAAUUGUCAAACGGUAUACUCAAAUUCUUUCCUAAGAAGAAAAUUGGAAUAGCUUCAGAACCAGAAUUUCAAAUUGAUCUAGCAAAGGCUACGGUGAUGUACGACGAGAAACGCAUCGUUUUGAUUCUAAAG